CCUGGGUCGUCCUUCGAGGCUCCAUGAAGCUUCCAUUAAUGAUCCACGGAACGUCGGUUAGUCAUCCACCGAGGCUCCGUGAACCCUCUAUGAAUGAUCCACAAAACGUCCAAUCGACGUCCCAUGGACGUCUGUGAAGAUGUCUAAUGGAGGUCCAUUGGACGUGCGCAAAGCGGAACUAUGGAUUUCUAGUGGCUGUUCAUUGGAUGUCUAAAGGACGUCCACUGGAUGGUCUGAACCUCCAUGACAGACGUCCAUUGGACGUCCAAUGGAGGUUUUCGUUUUAUGUGGGUACACACAAAAGAUCUUUUAUUUAAUCCUUUUCUUAUCCGAAUCUUUUUUUUAAUUCACUUAAAUUAUUCAAGAUGGCGGACUCUUGUCACGCUCUCUUAUCGGUAGAAAUGUCUGCGCAGUAGCACACCUUGUUACUUCCACCAUGCAUACCACAUGAUGAACUCCGGUUUCGCCGGUAUUCGCAUUGUCGAUGCUACCGGGAACGUGAGUCUUUCUUCGCUGUUCGCUGUACUUGUGUAUGUUUGAUAAUUAAUUUACUGGCCAGAUGAGUUCCACAUUUUGUAUUAAGUGUCCCGUAUGUACAAUGCCAAUAUCAUUAAAGCAAAUGUAUAGCACAAGCUGUGGACAUUUAUUUCACUUUGUUUGUCUGCUGGAAUGGUUUGAUAGAGUGGAUUGUUGUCCACUGUGUCGCGAAGCGAUACUAUCACCUAUCUGUAUCAGGAGAGUUCAUCUCGUACUUACAAACGUUGUAUCCAACAUCGUGUUCGACCAUGAAUUCGACGAUAACGUCUAUGAUGACAAUGAAUACGCCAAUUUUACUGUGUCUGACUUGAGAAACAUGAUUAUCUUCUUGAACUAUAAGUAUGAACACCAUGAAUUUUAUGAGUGGAAACAUGAAGACAGAAAGAUAGCUUUGGAAUUACGAAACCAUAAACUUCAAGAAAAAAUGCAAAAUAUGGACGUCAAGAUCAAAGAGCAACAUAAUAUAAUUUCUCAUUUAAAGAAAAUUGCAAACUUUCCAGCAAAUAUUUCUUCAGAAUAUGAUGAUCUUAAAAAGGCACUGCUUGAAAGAGAAGAAAAACUCCAUAAACUCAAACGGGAAAACAAAGAAUAUCGAAAGAUUCUCAUAUCAAAAUAUGCAUUUCUAAAACAUCAACUGUGUGAAGUGCAGUCGUUAUUACAAGUAGAAAGGAGUGACAUUACUAACUCUCAAGAAAAGUCUUUACUGGGCAUGAACAAAAUACUUGUGAUAUCCUCUACGAUAUGUGUUACGAUUAUGAUAGGAUUUCGAAUUUGGAGACGAAUUUAAGGUACAUCUCUUUUCGGCUGAUGACUUUAGAACAGUAACUGAUAAGAGCAUUACAUUAGGAUUUUUAAGUAUACUUGUUUUUAUGAUACUUUUGUACAGUUCUUACCAGUUCUAUUACUUUCUUACUGUUUGCUGUUAUUCACUUUUAUCAAGGUAUUUUAUCAACCACUGCAAGUUCCUCACAAUACAGCACUAGAAAAAAUACUAUAAAGAGAACGUAUAAAGGCAUAAAAUAUGACAACGGAAAGGCCAUUAAUAAAAUAAAAGCUUACACGACAAUACCUUG